UACACCGAGACGAUGGUUCGAAUAUUUAUUAUUAUUAUUAUUAUUCAUGUAAAUUUAUUUUAAAAUAUAAAAAUAAUAUGGCCUAUUGAGGAAAUGGGCAAUGGCAUAAUGGAGUAAUGAAAAGAAGUUAGUGAAAAAGGUAAUCCAGCCAAUUACUCCAACCAAAACCAAUCCAAUGUGCCAAGUCAGCACACAGUAAAGUCACACACAUUCUGACUUCCAUAUAAACCCUUCAUCUCUCAUUGUUUCUCGCCACACAUCUCAAUUCUCUCCUUCAUUCGAUGCUUCGAAACCCUACGCUCGCCUUCAAACAAUCCCUUCCUUUCCACCAAUUCCGCAGCCGGAACAUGUCCGUGCGAGCCGAGCUGGCGCAGCUGGCCGUGGCGGCGCCUGAUCGCCGGAGCCUCUACGAGGUCCUCCGCGUCAAGCGGAACGCAUCGCAGGUGGAGAUCAAGACGGCCUACCGCACGCUCGCCAAGCUGCACCAUCCCGACGCCAGGGCGCGAUUUAUGGAUUCCUCGAUCGCAUCGUCCGCGGACGGCGGAGACUUCAUCGAGAUCCACAACGCCUAUGCCACACUCUCCGAUCCCAACGCCAGAGCCGAGUACGAUCUGAAUUUGACCGUUGAUUCGCGGGGCCGCUGGAAUCCCGCCGGCGUAUCCGGUUACCGGAGCCCUGGCCGGGCGAGAUUUUACCAGACGCGCCGAUGGGAAACGGACCAGUGCUGGUGAUGCCUUGUUGGUUUUUGUAUCACACCGCAAUUGCUUCAGGAAAUUCACCAAGUCUUGUGUAUAUUCUUCGCGAUCCUUUUGAUUUUCCGAUUUUAGAGGGGGAAAUUAUUAGAAUACUUUUUUUUUUUUUUUUCCUUUUUCUGGUUUGGAAUUCUUAGUGUAAUUCCCCGAUGUAGAGAAUUAUAAUAUUAAUGAAGAGAGCUUCAGAAUGA